AUGGCCCAUUCUGCGCCAGAGAAGGCCUCUGCGCCCCCAGAUCCUGCUGCUGGAGUGGUUGAAAAUGCCGCUCCCAGUGGCGACCAUGCGGUUGCUAUCGAUAAUGAUGAGAAGGGCUACGUAGAGACCACUGCCGACCAAGACCCAUCGCGCCUCGGCAAAUCUGACGCUGGUGUUGCUGAUAACGAGGAGAAGGCGAGCGAACAUGCUAUCCAACCGACCAAGAGCUACGCGACCAAUACCAGUGGUGUGACGAGGACAGACUCUCACGUAGACCGGCCUGUUGAACCUAAGCCAUGGUACAAGCAGCUCAAUCCUCUGAGGUGGGGCGGGAUACCGCCAGUGCCACAGCAAAGGACUAUGUCGAGAGAAUACACCGCGGGUUUUUUCAGUCUCGUAUACUUUCAAUGGGUAGCGCCUCUCAUGGUCGUUGGCUACAAACGGCCACUCGAACUAAAGGAUAUAUGGACUGUCAAUCCUAAUCGGACGGCGGAACGCAUGACCUUAAAACUGCAGGCCUCGUUCAAGAAAAGAGUGGCUAGGGGAGAUAAAUACCCCUUGUUGUGGUCAUUGCACGAAACCUUCCAGCUCGAGUUCUGGAUCGGUGGCAUUUGCCAAUUCUUCGCCAAUAUAUUCAUGGUUGUUUCGCCCUUUACCCUCCGGUAUCUUAUCCAGUUUGCGACAGAGGCAUAUAUUGCUCAGCGGAAUGGAGACCCAGCACCACCAAUCGGACGUGGGAUUGGGAUUGUGCUCGGAAUCACAUUCAUGCAGAUGUGCCAAAGUCUCGGGACUAAUCAUUUCAUCUAUCGAGGCAUGAUGAUCGGAGGACAAUCAAGAGCAGUGCUCAUCUCGGUGAUUUUUGAGAAGGCGAUGAGCAUCUCGGGACGAGCCAAGGCUGGGGGACGAGAAAUCGACGAAGGCGACGAGCCUGAGAAAGCCAACAGAGGCGGAGUCGAACAGAAGAAGAAAUCCAAGAAAACCAAGAAGGGUGAACCACCAGUGGGUGCGGAUGCGGGCCGCGGUAUAGCUGGUGAUGGGACAGGAUGGGCAAACGGCAGGGUCGUCAACUUGAUGUCUGUCGAUACCUAUCGUGUCGAUCUCGCAUCUGGCUUAUUUCACAUGAUUUGGACUGCCCCCAUUGCUUGCAUUGUCACACUGGUGCUACUGGUAAUCAACCUUACGUAUAGCGCUCUGGCUGGCUUUGCAUUGCUUGUCAUCGGAUUACCUCUCCUUACAGAAGCCGUCAAGUCCUUAUUUGUACGACGAAGAGCGAUCAACAAGGUGACUGAUCAGCGGGUCAGCUUGACGCAGGAGAUCUUGCAAGCAGUGAGGUUUGUCAAGUUCUUUGGCUGGGAGAGCGCUUUUCUCAAACGACUUGGCGACAUUCGAGAUCAAGAAAUUUCGGCCAUUCAGGUUCUGCUGGCCAUUAGGAAUGCGAUCAACGCCGUUUCAAUGUCUCUACCCAUCUUCGCGUCGAUGCUUGCAUUUGUUACCUACUCCCUUACCAACCACGACUUAAACCCGGCGCAUGUUUUCUCAUCUCUUGCCCUAUUCAAUUCGCUUCGAAUGCCGCUCAACUUACUCCCUUUGGUAAUUGGGCAGGUAACUGAUGCUUGGUCGUCUGUUCAGCGCAUUCAAGAAUAUCUCCUUUGCGAAGAACAAGACGAUGAGGCCAAGAUUGAUAUGGAUGCGAAGAACGCUGUAGAUGUCGAACACGCCGAUUUUACCUGGGAGCGAACUGCUACGCAAGAUCCAGAUGCUGCGCCUAUGGUAGGGAAGAAGCCGACCAAGGAAGAGGUCAAGGCCGAGAAGGCCGAAAAACGUGCGAUGAAAGAUAAGAAUUCUCAAGACGCUGUACCGUCGGGCGACAGUACACCAGACGAUGCAAGCACUCUUACCGACGCAAGGGAGCCGUUCAAGCUACAAAAUUUGAACUUUUCAAUCGGCCGUAACGAGCUUGUAGCCGUGAUAGGCGGUGUCGGAAGCGGUAAGAGCUCUCUCCUCGCCGCACUCGCUGGUGACAUGCGGAAAUCGAAGGGGGAUAUGGUGCUCGGCGCUAGUCGAGCCUUUUGCCCGCAAUACGCGUGGAUUCAGAAUGCAACUGUCCGGGAAAAUAUUAUCUUCGGGAAAGAAAUGGACAAAGACUGGUACAAGCAAGUAAUCGAUGCUUGCGCACUACAGCCGGAUCUUGAUAUGCUUCCUCAAGGGGAUGCUACUGAAAUUGGGGAACGUGGUAUUACCGUAUCAGGAGGGCAAAAGCAACGACUCAAUAUUGCCCGCGCGAUUUACUUCGAUGCUGAUUUUAUCCUCAUGGAUGAUCCGUUAUCCGCAGUCGAUGCUCACGUCGGCCGGCACAUCUUCGACAGUGCGAUCCUUGGUUUGUUGAAGAAUAAGUCUAGGGUAUUGGCAACCCAUCAGCUCUGGGUCCUGAGCCGCUGUGACCGAAUCAUCUGGAUGGAGGAAGGUAGGAUUUAUGCUGUCGAUACCUUCGACAACCUCAUGAAGAAUCACCCCGGCUUCCAGCUCUUGAUGGAAACCACCGCUGUCGAGGAGAAGCAAGAGGCCCAAGAGGAUGACAGUGAAGAUGAAAUCGAAGAAGAGAAGAAGACGGUCAAGAAGAAGCGUGGUGGCGUUCCGUUAAUGCAAGCUGAAGAGCGGGCUGUUAAGAGCGUACCUUGGUCUGUAUACGUUGACUAUAUACGUGCUUCUGGUAGCGUUUUCAACGCGGCCAUCGUGGUCAUGUUCUUGUUACUCGCCCAAGGCGCCAAUAUUGCAACCAGUCUGUGGCUAUCAUGGUGGACAUCAAACAAAUUCGGGUAUUCUAAAGGAGUCUAUAUUGGCGUGUACGGCGCUCUAGGUGGAAUCCAAGCGGUUCUCCUUUUCGCAUUCUCCAUAUCUCUCACAAUGUUCGGAACAAUUGCAAGCAAGACGAUGCUUAAUAGAGCCAUUACUCGAGCGCUUCGAGCCCCGAUGUCUUUCUUCGAUACGACACCUCUUGGUAGAAUUACCAACCGUUUUUCCCGCGAUGUCGACGUCAUGGACAACAACUUGACUGAUGCCAUCAGGAUGUAUUUCUUGACUCUAGCGAUGAUUUUAUCGGUCUUCGGUCUGAUCAUUGCAUACUUCCAUUAUUUCACCAUCGCCCUUGUGCCUCUAUUCUUCUUAUUCGUCUUCUCGGCUGGCUACUAUAGGGCGUCAGCUCGCGAGAUGAAACGAUUCGAAGCGGUUCUUCGCUCCCACGUUUUUGCGAAAUUUAGCGAAGGUCUUUCCGGCACCGCUUGUAUCCGCGCAUAUGGACUCAAGGAUCGAUUUGUUAAGAAUAUUCGAGACUCCAUCGACGAUAUGAAUAGUGCGUACUUCCUUACAUUCGCUAAUCAGCGUUGGCUGUCGACGAGAUUAGAUAUCAUUGGUAAUUUGCUGGUUUUCGUGACUGGUAUAUUAGUGGUAACCUCUCGGUUUUCGGUCUCUCCGUCAAUUGCGGGUCUUGUUUUGAGUUAUAUCCUAUCCAUCGUUCAGAUGAUUCAAUUUACAGUCAGGCAGUUGGCAGAGGUUGAGAAUGGUAUGAAUGCAACCGAGCGCAUUCAUUAUUACGGCACACAGCUUGAAGAGGAAGCACCCCUCCAUACUGUGGAAGUGCGGAAGUCAUGGCCAGAACGUGGGGAAAUUAUUUUCGACAAUGUGCAAAUGCGCUACAGAGAAGGCCUUCCACUUGUCCUCUCAGGCUUGGAUAUGCACGUCACAGGGGGAGAACGUAUCGGCGUUGUCGGCCGUACAGGAGCUGGAAAGUCCAGUAUUAUGUCGACGCUUUUUAGACUUGUCGAACUCUCCGGGGGUUCCAUCACUAUCGAUGGCCUGGAUAUCAGCACGAUUGGGCUUCAGGAUCUCCGGUCUCGACUGGCUAUCAUUCCACAGGAUCCAACACUAUUUAAAGGCACCAUCCGAAGUAACCUUGAUCCGUUCAGUGAGCACACUGAUCUUGAACUAUGGUCUGCUCUUCGGCAAUCGGAUCUUGUUUCCGAAGACGCGAGCCUUGAUGACAAGUCGCCCGGCCGUAUCCAUCUCGACGGCAUCGUUGAAGAUGAUGGCCUGAACUUCUCACUUGGGCAGCGGCAACUCAUGGCUCUCGCUCGUGCGCUUGUCCGCGGCUCACAAAUCAUCAUAUGCGACGAGGCCACAUCCAGUGUUGACAUGGAAACCGACGAAAAGAUCCAACGCACAAUCGCAACCGGAUUCAAGGGCAAGACACUCCUUUGUAUUGCGCAUAGGUUGAAGACGAUCAUCAAUUAUGAUCGCAUUUGCGUCAUGGAGCAGGGACGCAUUGCCGAGUUAGACACCCCGUUCGCCCUGUAUGAACGAGGUGGCAUCUUUAGAAGUAUGUGCGAUCGUGGAGGCAUCCGGAAGGAGGAUUUCACAGAUUAUAAUCAAGAUAUCUAG